AGUACCUGGAGGCCUUUAGGAGGAGCGAGCGUAAGCGAACAAGCCUACUCACCUACGAUGACGGUUAGGAGCGAUGCUGAGGAGCUUUUUGAGCAAGUAGUAGAGACUAGCAAGAUAAUACUAGGAGCGGACCAUCCCUCUACACUAAGCAGUAUCUCUAACCUAGCGAGCCAAGGCAGAUGGGACGACGCCGAGAAGCUGCUUAAACAAGUUCUAGAGACUCGUAUGAUGAAGCUUGGAGCGGAUCAUCCCGACACGCUGAGCAGCAUGGCCAACCUAGCCUCGACAUACAGGAACCAAGGACGAUGGGAUGAAGCUGAGAAGCUAGAGGUGCAAGUUCUAGAGAUGCGGAAGAUGAAGCUAGGAGCGGAUCAUCCUGACACGCUGAGCAGCAUGGCCAACCUGAUGUCAACAUACAGUAACAAAGGACAACAGGACAAGGCCGAAGUUUUAAGAGUGCAAUUGAUAGAGUACAGAAAGGGCUUGGGUAAUGAGGAUACAAUCGAGGACUCCAACAGCAUCUCUGAUAUCUCCGAUGAACCUUCGCUAUUCUCUGCCCACUCCUCCGUGGAUAGCAGAUCAUCUGCGGGGUUGUUUGGAGGUGUUCAUCAGACAGUGACUCAAUACCUCGCAAGCGCACUGUCCCAGGAUCCUUUUCUUCGACCACUAUAUACUCGUGCUCUGCAAGAGAUCGGAGUACAACGAUUCUCUACACACCAUGAACGACUUUUGAAGAAGUUUCUGGCAGACCUUCGAUCGGAGAAGAGAGACCAUAUCCAUUUACAAGCUGUUCGCUUUCUCCAAAAUCAAUCGAGACGAGAAGAAGUGACGGCACAGAUUUGUCGAUUCAAUCGACCAAACUCCAGCCUUGAAGAUCAGCAAAGAAUGCAGCAGAUCCUAGAUCAAGAAGAAGACCGGAACUACCGUCUGGACCAUUAUCUUGAAGAGAAGAAUGAGCUUGCGCAAGAGAUGAGAAACGAACAUGGAGAUAUCGAAGACGUAGAUGAUGAUGGAAACAAGGAAGAUGACGAGAAUGAAGAACAAGAAGAACAAGAAGCAGAAGAAGAAGGAGAAGAAGAACAAGAAGAACAAGAAGAAGAAGAACAAGAAGAAGAAGGAAAGGUUCAGAUUGAGAAGAUUUCCAAUAUCGAGUCGGUAGUGGCCACUCUCACCAAAGGACCAUCAUUUCAGACAUUCAAAUCAAGCCUUCAAUCUUUAGUCAAUCCUCCUACGACAAUAAGGGAAGCUCUGAGGUCUCAAAAUAUCAAGGUGUUGCAACAAUUACUCAAAAAACGAUUUGAUGUCGUUGCCCAGGGCGAGUACUCCUGGAUUCGUGAGCUGAAUGAGAAUGGCUACACACGUGACGAACUUGCAGAACUUUUGUUCGAGCAGUUCAAUGAUGCUCCCUGGAUAUACUUCGAGCCGGGCAUAUACAAUCUUUCUGCAGUACGAACAGGUGUUCAUCUUCCAGGAUGCGUCCAUCAGUUCCACUCAUCCGAUCAAUCCUCUCUGCUUCAAUCAGCCACAACACAAGUAAUUCCUUCUCCUUCUGGCAGUUGGCGAGAUGUUAUCGAAAUCGUUGAAGAACUCUGCGGUGUAGCUGGUAUCACACCAACAACCCGAGACAGAGAGAAAUGGGAUGGGUCGAUCGCAUUCGAAGAGGGAAAUUCUGUGGCCACAGUAACAUGCGCUCAACCUAUAGAGGUCUCUGAUUCGGAGCGUUCUACGAUAGUAUCCCGGCUCAUCAACUCUCUCAGACGCUUCUGCCUCGCUGCAGGCCAUGCCCAAGCUGCAGGGCUCUGUUGUGAUUCAUUUACAAUACUGUGGCUACCGACACAAUAUACUAGGCAACAACUUCCGCCAGAUUCGUCAGUAGAGGUCUGUCGGAUCGAAUUCGAACUCCCUCUGCAGCUGCUAUCGAGGUUGGAAGAUUUAUCCGCCAUACACAAUAUGAGCCCGGUCGAUGUUCUCAGGGUCCAGCAGACGGCCUCGCAGAUAUUACGACCCUUUGUUCAAGGCAUUACGGAAGUCUCAUUCGACGACAGUAUCAAUGCUGAUCUCCAAAUCUGUUCCCUGGCCACUCAAGUCGUGUGUUUAGGCUUUUUAUCAUACACUCAGGCACAUGCUGGGACCAUUCGGCCGUUCUUCCUGGAUACCCCGCUGAAGAAGAUCCGUCUACUUGGUAGUUUGGCAUCCACUGAUGGGAAAAAUUGGAUAGAAGCGAGUCUCUACAACCUGACAUGCAUGGGAGGCAUGAUACAAUCUCAGGUCCUGGCAUUCAACCUGAUGCAGGCACGCAUCCCUUCCCUGCCAUCUACCGAAGAAACCAUGUACAAUCUUUCUAUAAAUGCGUACGACCUUCUUGAUACAUGGGGCCCCGGCAACUUUUUGAUUCAACGUACAAGUAUGAUGCCUUUUGCCAUCCAGAUCGGCAAUGGAGUUGUCUACCCAUCUGGUUUGAACGGUAACAACAAGUUCCAUUGGAGCAGAAAUAUUUCUAUUGGAAGGCUACCCCAAAUCGCUCUAGAUCCGCUGGACAAGAUGGUUAUUGGAACAUCAGUCGUUGUGAACAGGAAUUGCGGAAUCGAUGCAAAACAUUGCUGGUCAAUUUCAUCUGAAUUUCUCGAGGCCCUGGGUACUUGCAAAAGUUACUGGGAGCACGACGAGAAGCAGUUUGGAAUGCAAGCCGGAAAUCAAGUCAUGUUCCAGGCCAUUGCAGCCUCACACAAGAUUCCUGGUCGGACUCUGAAACAGCAUAGACUUCAGCAAGAUGAUGAGACACUUGUCCCUUUUUUGGACAAUGUAUGGGCCGUUCAAGUCAGCUUCUGUACGGGUGUUUCUCGAAGAGUGUCACUCCGCGAAAUGAUAGCCGACCUGCUUCCAGUAUUUGCGAUGGCAUCAACGCCAUCCCACGAUGGAGGACACCUAUGGGAAGAGCUUCUGAAAGCAGAUAUUAUCAACGCAUUCCGGGACAACACUUUCCGCGAUUUGUUGAUGAAGCUUUCCUCUCAACUUCACCAACACGUUCUGAGAAUGAUUCGGAAAAUAUUCGACGUUCUCCAACAUACAGGACUUGACCGUGAAGGGAAGAUCCUGGUGGUGGCGUGGCCGGAUGAACGCGACGUAUACAGAGGUUUCAAAAUCGCCUGCGAGAAAGAAAACUCAUGGGCUGGCGUUCUCGCGGACUCGGAAGAUUGUGCUACCUUCGCCUAUAUCACGACCAGGUGUUUCGAAACCAAAAAGAUCAAGUGUAGCGGACCUAGCCCCACUUGGCGAAGUACAAUCCAUAUAUUGGAAACAGCUGUUGUACUUCAUCGCAGAGACGCUUCCUCACUCACAUCUGCUCUGCAGCACAAUGUGACGUACUUUUUCCAGAAGCCGGAUCGCCUCUUCUACGUCAAAGCUCAGAGACCAGAUACCGCUGAUGUAGCAAACUUGAUUACUUCCCGCAUGACAAGUCCACCAGAUAUCCAGCGAAGAUUGCUCGUGAAACUCAUGAAACAGCGCAAACAGCGGGCAAGACUCCGUGAAAGGAUAGCCUCUGAUGAUCUUGCCGAGGCAGUGGCCAUCCUUCAGUAG